CCCGUCCGCCGCCCCGGCUCGUCCAGGCCCGCAGCUCCGGCCCCCCGAGGACUCCCUGGUGCUCGCUCAGACCUAACUGGUCCGUUCCGCCCCGAAUCCGCGCUGCCGGGACUGGCGGGCGAAGGAACCAGACAGAGCCAUGGCGACUCCUUCGGCUGCCUUUGAGGCCCUUAUGAACGGAGUGACGAGCUGGGAACUUCCUGAGGAUGCCAUCCCUUGUGAACUGCUUCUAAUUGGAGAGGCCGCAUUUCCCGUCAUGGUGAAUGACAUGGGCCAGGUGCUCAUUGCUGCCUCCUCCUACGGUCGAGGCCGCCUGGUGGUCGUAUCCCAUGAGGACUACUUGGCUGAAACCCAGCUCACUCUCUUUCUCAUCAAUGCCGUGGGGUGGCUUCGUUCCUCCCCAGGGGCCCCCAUUGGUGUACACCCAUCCCUGGCACCUUUGGUCAAAAUCCUGGAGGCUGCUGGAGUAGAGUCAAAGAUUGAAUCGGAUGUGAAUGACUCCAUGGGGGUGUACUGCAUUGACGCCUACAAUGAAACCAUGACUGACAAGCUGGUCCAGUUCAUGAAACGUGGUGGAGGCUUGCUCAUAGGAGGCCAGGCCUGGGACUGGGCCAACCAGGGUGAUGAUGAGAGAAUUCUGUUCACCUUUCCUGGGAACCUGAUCACCAGUGUGGCUGGUGUGUACUUCACCGACAACAAAGGAGACACGAGUUUCUUUAAAGUCUCCAAGAAGAUGCCCAAAAUCCCAGUCUUAGUUAGUUGUGAAGAUGACCUCUCUGAGGACAGAGAAGAGCUCCUGCAUGGCAUUUCCGAGCUGGACAUCACCAAUUCAGACUGCUUCCCAUCUCAGCUGCUGGUGCAUGGGGCUUUGGCAUUUCCUCUGGGGUUAGAUACCUAUCAUGGCUGUGUGAUCGCAGCUGCCCGCUAUGGCCGGGGCCGGGUGGUGGUGACUGGCCAUAAGGUAUUAUUUACCGUGGGGAAGCUGGGCCCCUUUCUGCUCAAUGCUGUCCGCUGGCUGGAUGGGGGCCGCAGAGGCAAGAUCGUCGUGCAGACAGAGCUGAGAACACUGAGCGGUCUGCUCGCCGUCGGGGGCAUAGAUACCAGCAUCGAGCCCAGUCUAACCAGCGACGCCAGUGUCUAUUGCUUUGAGCCUAUGAGUGAUGUCGGGGUCAAGGAGCUGCAGGAGUUUGUGGCAGAGGGUGGUGGGCUCUUCGUUGGGGCCCAGGCUUGGUGGUGGGCCUUCAAAAACCCAGGGGUGUCCCCCCUGGCUCGAUUCCCAGCAAAUUUGCUCCUCAACCCCUUCGGAAUCAGCAUUACAAGCCAAAGCCUCAACCCAGGCCCCUUCCGUACCCCUAAAGCGGGGAUAAGGACCUACCACUUCCGCUCCACCCUGGCGGAGUUCCAGGUCAUCAUGGGCAGGAAGAGAGGGAAUGUGGAGAAAGGCUGGCUGGCAAAGCUGGGCCCCGAUGGCGCAGCUUUCCUGCAGAUCCCUGCCGACGAGAUCCCCGCCUACAUGUCCGUGCAUCGGCUCCUGAGGAAGCUGCUGAGCCGCUACCGGCUCCCCGUGGCCACCCGAGAGAACCCUGUGAUCAAUGACUGCUGCCGAGGGGCCAUGCUCUCCCUGGCCACGGGCCUAGCCCACUCCGGAAGCGACCUCUCGCUGCUAGUCCCGGAGAUUGAAGACAUCUACAGCAGCACCUACAUGCGCCCCUCAGAAUGUCCCAUCACCGUGGAGGUGAACUGCACCAAUCCAGGCACCCGGUACUGCUGGAUGAGUACCGGUCUCUAUAUACCUGGAAGACAGGUCAUAGAAGUCUCGUUGCCGGAAGAUGCUGCCUCUGCUGAUCUGAAGAUCCAGAUUGGCUGCCACACAGAUGACCUGACCAGGGCCAGCAAGCUGUUCCGGGGCCCGCUUGUGAUUAACCGUUGCUGCCUGGACAAACCCACCAAGUCAAUCACGUGUCUCUGGGGUGGCCUGCUGUACAUCAUUGUGCCUCAGACCAGCAAGCUGGGUUCUGUGCCCAUCACCGUGAAGGGGGCUGUGCACGCUCCCUAUUACAAACUGGGGGAGACAUCCCAGGAAGAGUGGAAGAGGCGUAUCCAACAACACCCAGGUCCCUGGGGCGAGCUGGCCACGGACAACAUCAUCCUGACAGUGCCAACUGCCAAUCUGCGUGCCCUGGAGAACCCCGAGCCACUGCUCCGCCUCUGGGACGAGGUGAUGCAGGCGGUGGCCCGGCUGGGAGCCGAGCCCUUCCCCUUGCGUCUGCCUCAGAGGAUUGUGGCUGAUGUGCAGAUCUCAGUCGGCUGGAUGCACGCGGGGUACCCCAUCAUGUGCCACCUGGAGUCGGUGCAGGAGCUCAUCAACGAGAAGCUCAUCAGAACCAAGGGGCUGUGGGGCCCCGUGCACGAGCUGGGCCGCAACCAGCAGCGCCAGGAGUGGGAGUUCCCCCCGCACACCACGGAGGCCACCUGCAACCUGUGGUGUGUGUACGUGCACGAGACCGUCCUGGGCAUCCCCCGGAGCCGGGCCAACAUUGCCCUGUGGCCCCCUGUGCGCGAGAAGAGAGUUCGAAUCUACCUGGGCAAGGGGCCUAAUGUGAAAAACUGGAAUGCGUGGACUGCACUGGAGACGUAUUUGCAGCUUCAGGAGGCCUUUGGUUGGGAGCCAUUCAUCCGUCUCUUCACCGAGUACCGGAACCAGACCAACCUGCCCACAGACAAUGUGGACAAAAUGAAUCUGUGGGUCAAGAUGUUCUCCCACCAAGUACAGAAGAAUCUGGCUCCAUUCUUUGAGGCUUGGGCCUGGCCCAUCCAGAAGGAAGUGGCUACCAGCCUGGCCUAUCUGCCUGAAUGGAAGGAAAAUAUUAUGAAAUUGUACCUCCUCACACAGAUGCCCCACUGAAACUGAAGUCAAGAAACACAAAAAGAGAACUGACACAUCUCAGCAAAGGAAACGGAAGGCAUUUGGUUGGAGAAGAUCUCAACACAUUUCCAGAAGAGAGGAAAAAAAAGAGGAGGAAAUAUGGUAAUGAGUUGAAUGAGCGAAAGUGAAGGUACUUUCAGACAAGAGUAUAAGCUGAUCUGAAUAUCACAACCCCAAAGAGACUUGAACAUUGAAAGUGUCUAUUUACAAAAGAAUUGUACCAGUUGUAAAUUUGUUCCCUAUCCUAUUCUACCCCAACCCUUGUGCACAGAACACAGGCAAUCUACUAUUGGUAACAGUUUAAGAUUCAGUGUCGUUGUGGUUGUUUGUAUAAAGGAGUUGCAUAAGCUGUCUGAGGAGAGGUAAGAGUUGAUGCUACAAAUAAAAUCCUUUCUGUGGAAAUAAGUGGUCCCUUAGCCAAUCACCCAACUCUCUACUGAGAGUUGAGACCCAUAGUGAAGUGUCUAAUUAUAGAAGAAACUUGCUGUUGAAACAGAUCUGAACACAGAAUCACAGAAGAAGCCGAUACCACUUCCUGCCCAAGUCAGUACUGAACAUGUAAGCUUAAAUGUGAUUGUCUUCUAGAGACUCCCAAACAUGGAGGUGAAGAAGGGAAGAACAGGGAGAUGUAUAUAGAAAAUAACCAUGUAGAAUUAAAGAGUAUGAAAAUGUCUACAAACACUAGAGAACAUUAAGUUAAUGAGGGGGGAUAUUGACUUAAAAUUCUGUCUAUUUUUAGAGAGAUUUGAGAUGUAAGAUCAUAACAAGAUAGUACCAAAAAAAAAAAAAGAGAGAGAAAACUCAGAAUAACAAAAACACUUUAAAGGUAAAAUAAGACUGCCAGAAGUAUUCAUUCAGUAGACCAGGCUGAAAAGUGAAAUGAAAGAAACUCCCCAGAUUCACAACAAAAAGAAAUAGACACAAAAUAUAAGGGAAAGGAAGAGACCUAGACAAUCAUAUGUAACCAUUAGGUUCUCUAGAAAACAUGGAAGAAGGAAUAAAAAGGAAAAGAAUUGAAUUGCAUAAACUAAGCCUCCAGACUAACAGACCAGAACACAAUCUUAUGAAAUUUUGGUAUACUAAUGAAAGAGGAAAGAUGUUAAAGUGCCCAGUGAGAAAACUAGGUCAUCAUCAUUAGUUCAUCUACACAGACAUGAGAACUAGAUCACAGCUGAAUUUUCAACAGCAGCCCCAAUGCUAGAGGUCAGUGGAUCAAUGUGUUCACAGAGCUUCUGGAGAACUUCAGUACCCAGGAUUCCAUAGAAGUCAGGCUAUUGAGAGGAAGGUCAAAGACAAGUUUUCAGUUUACCUCCCUUAGGACCUUUACAGAAGGAGUUCUCCAGAAAAAAUGAAGAGGAAACCCACAAAAGAGGAAAUGGGAUACACAAAACAAUAGGCCUCAUGUUAUCUCCAUGUAGAGUGACGGUUGUUCCAAAAGAAUACCUGGCUCUAGAAUGACGAUCAGCCCCAAGGAUUUCAGAUUAGAGUUAUAAGCGCAGCAGUACCAAUUCGUAUGAGAGCACAGUCUCAUCUUGGGCUGCGAAUAAUAUGCAUUCUAUGCUGCAGUAUCCAUGAGAGACUGGGAUGAUGGAAAAUAAAAGACAUGCAUUCUUUAAUCAACAAAAAAAAGAUAGACAAAUCAGAACUGUACCAAGAAUCUUAGAUCCAAUGAUGAAGCAAAAUAAAAUGGUACUCGAUUUUGCUUACCCAUGUCUAUAAGAAGAGAGUCACUUUGGCUUUGGUGGUAGGACAUUUCUUUUCCAGAGGUACAGGUAUGAUGUUAAGUAUGUAGGAAAGAAAAUAUCUUGACUUUUACUUGUCUCCCAGUAAAAACCAUUUUCCUAGUAAAAAUAAUGGUGAUAGUAGCUGUGUAUUUGUCUUCAGUGUUCUGAUCUGUCAACACAGCAUGAGAGGCUUAAUUUCUGAUUCAGAAUGGAAGUUGAAAGUGGUGCUGACCUGCUAAGUAAAAAGAAAGCAGAAAGUGGUUGAGAUUUAGUGUGGGGCAAAGAAAUGGAAGGAAGAGUAGGAUAGCAUUUAUAUAUUCAAAGUGGGCAGGACGCAUAAGGUCUUCAGUAUAUCAAUCCAUGCUAUACAUUAAACCAAUACAAAUGCUAAACUGACAUAUCAAACGUUUGAAGAAGGAUGGGCAUAGGAAAAUGGGAGAUACUGUAAGUUAAAUCCUUAUCUUUUGUAAUGAGGAAUUAUUAGAGAUUAAAAAUUGUCCUACAGUCCAUAAAUCAAAAAAAAAACUAUUAUUUAAACAUUAUUUAAAUGUAGGAAGUUAGUGGCCGGAAGAUUCAGAAAUCAAUAUUGUGAAAAAGCAUCUAAGGUACGGGACUAAGGAAGAGUGGCAAGGGAAACUGUUUUUCAUUUCAAGUCCUUCUGUACUAUUUAAUUUUAUACCUUGUGCAUGUAUAACUUUGAAAAAGUUUCUAAUAAACUCAAAUAAAAAUUCUUCAAUGGCUUCA